UGGUAAGUUACUGGAUAAUUUGUAAACAAACACAACUAGAUACCGAAUUCAGCCCCAGCUGGUGAAAAGGAUGUUCACAGUUGAUAAAAUUACCGAGUACCAACUAACACUUUUCCAAAACUUCCGAAAUGGGUGUGAGACCCUCACUAUUUCUACAUACUGUGGCGCAGAAAAUGCAACGCUGUUUUAUUUAUUGGGUUGUCAUAAACAGCUGACUGCAAGCAGUGUCCCACAAACAAAAAUGAAUAAACGUUUUACAAUCAAGUGAUCGUAAAUUAAAUUGUAACCCGACUGAUUAAAUUAUUUGUUCUAAAAGAAUUAACUAAAAUGGAGGAUGACGAUGCUGGUGUGCACCGACUGGAAGGUUCCUCUGGCAACGUUCGUGGCGGAUUGAUUAUUAAGAAACAAAAAGAGGAAGGCAGCGAUAGCAAAUUCAUACUACCAAAGCCGUCUAUACUGGGUUUGGAUCGUUUAGCUGCUCAGCGACGUAGAGAACGUGAGGAGGCACAACGUUUAAUAUCCUUCAAAGAUAAUGAGAACGAUGAAGAUGAUGAACGUAAGGGUGGUGUUUCCGCUACAUCUAUUGGCGAUGAAUUUGCUUUCAAAAAGCCCGAUACCAGUAGCGUUCACAAAAUGAAUAGGCAACUGCGGGAACCUAAAGUAGAAACACCAUCACAUACGGGGGGUGUGUCAGAAGAGGCUCGGGAGCGUUUGCGUGAGCAUGUUAAGCGGGAUCGAGAGCGCACUACUAAAGGAGGCAUGCGCUAUUCCACUCGUGAGUACAGUAAAAAUGAUUCUAGAGAUCGUUCAUCUUCAAGCUCAUCUAGUCGUGAUCGCGAUCGAGAUCGAGAACGCCGACGCGAUAGAGACCGGUAUGCAUACAUACGUGAUAGGGAAAGAGAUAGGGAUCGUGAUAGGGACAGAAAUAGAGACAGAGAUCGCCAUGAUCGCAGUAAAAAUGAUUCUGAAAGAACUAAUCGUGGUGAUGCAACAUCCGUUCGUAGCGGCGAGCGCACACCAAGAUUUAAGGAUGAGCCUCAAACACCGAUGAACAUAUCUGUGAGUGGCAGUGCAUGGGAUGAUGAUGACACCGACCGACCUUCACAAUCAAAGAAAUCAUCCUGGGACUUUCCUACACCUAAAUCAUAUGCUAGUUCAGAUCGCCCCGAUUCGUCGACAAGAAGCAGCAAUACUAGCGGUAUUGGUACAAGUAGUUCACGUAGUCGUUCUCGUCACGAACGUGAAGAUGAUACACCGAGACCAACACCUGCCCAUAACUAUAAUGCAUGGGCCAAUGACCGCAAACGAUCUGGUGCGACACCCGCAACUGGACGAAGCAAUCGCCAACCGUGGGGUGAAAGUGAAGAGGACCGUGAUCUAUGGGAAGAAGAGCAGCGCCGACUAGAUCGUGAAUGGUAUAAUAUUGAUGAAGGAUAUGAUGACGAAAAUAAUCCUUUCACAGGGGCCAAUGCGGAAUAUUUCAAAAAACGAGAAGAAAUAAUUGAACAAAAGCGGACCAAACGUAUUAGUGCACAACAACGGCAAAUUAACAAAGAUAACGAAUUAUGGGAGCGUAAUCGUAUGCUUACUUCCGGCGUUGUUAUGUCCAUCAACGUAAAUGAAGAUUUCGAUGAGGAAGCAUUGGAGCGCGUUCAUCUGUUGGUGCACCACAUUAUACCACCAUUCCUCGACGGGCGAAUCGUGUUCACUAAACAACCCGAACCGGUUAUACCCGUUAAAGAUCCCACCUCAGAUAUGGCAUUGAUUGCGCGCAAAGGCAGCGCUCUGGUACGUGUGUAUCGCGAGCAAAAAGAACGUCGAAAAGCGCAAAAGAAGCAUUGGGAAUUGAGUGGUACCAAAUUGGGUAAUAUCAUGGGUAUUGAAAAGAAGAUUGACGAAGAAGAUGCCAAAUUCGACAAGGAUACCGAUACAGCAGAUUAUCGAAAAGACCAGAAAUUCGCUGAACAUAUGCGCGAUCAAGAUUCUGGUGGGAUGAGUGAUUUUGCACGCAAAAAGACCAUUUUAGAGCAGCGUAGAUUUUUGCCUGUAUUCGCUGUGCGCCAAGAGCUGUUGAAUGUAAUCAGAGAGAACUCUGUAGUGAUUAUUGUUGGAGAAACAGGCAGCGGCAAAACAACGCAGUUGACUCAAUAUUUACAUGAAGAUGGUUACAGCAAUUUUGGCAUGAUAGGUUGUACACAGCCUCGUCGUGUCGCAGCCAUGUCUGUGGCGAAGCGUGUUUCCGAUGAAAUGGGUACUAAGUUGGGUGACGAAGUCGGUUAUGCUAUACGAUUCGAAGAUUGCACUUCCGAAAAGACUGUAAUCAAAUACAUGACUGAUGGUAUUUUAUUGCGUGAAAGUUUACGGGAUCCCGAUUUAGAUGGCUAUUCGGCCAUUAUAAUGGAUGAAGCGCAUGAACGUUCAUUAUCUACUGAUGUGCUUUUCGGAUUAUUACGUGAGGUGAGUGUUUUAUACAUUUUCACUUGCCUAUAGUGUAGUGUGAUUAGGCCCUUCAACAUUUGAUGUCAAUUUAUUUACAGUAAUUAAGUUUUAUAUUCGAGCCAUUAUUAGACAAUAAUCUCUAAUACUGAGAUAUUUCUUUGCCUACCGCCUCUUAUGUGCGUAUUUUUUAUGGCAUUAAGCCUUAGGUGUUUAUUGCCUUUAACAGGUCAAUUCUGCGCUUAAAAAAAAUGUUUUAACCGGUAAAUAAAAUUGACACGGGAACAUUUUGCACGUUUAACAAUACAAAUAUUUAAUUAAAAA